CGAAUGUUCCUUCUGCCAGGACGACAGGGGGCGGUCGAGCGCUUGUUUCUUCAACGCUUUGUUUUUUUUUUUGUGCUCAUGCGCUCCAACAUAGUUGGCGCCAGAUGAUCCGCGGCGCCAUCCCGCUACGUGCGUACGGAGGGAGAGCGCGAGAGAGCGAGAGAAAGAGAGAAAGAGAGAAAGAGUGACCGAAACCGCAACCGAACCAAGAUCUUCAGGCUGUAGACUGCGCCGCGGCGACCAGCAGCGCAUCUCGCGAAAGAGCCAUUAAAGGGCCAAGAGGCAGGGCUGAUCCUGACUCAAGAACUGACUGAGCCUGUGACGGGCAACCCUUCAAGUUUCUUUGCGGGAAAGCGGAGCUCGUAGAGCAACGCUAAGUUUCACUUAACCGGGAAGACGGAAGUCGUCAGGCUGGAGUGUGUACUGAUGGCUGAGUCAGAGACUGACUGUGACACACCAGGUCUCGAUACAUUGGGAUCUGAGUGUGUCAUUGCCCAUACGCAAGUUGGUGACUUGCAUUAUGGAGCGGAAACUGAGAUUAUGACUCAGGAGGACAAAAGACUUGACCUAGAGGCUAUUCAUGGUGAUUUAGGGGCAGUGACCUGUGUGGAUGUGGUAACAGAGACCGACCAUGACUACAUUAAAUCUGAAAUACACCAUGAUCAUCAUCAAUACUUCAGCAGUGCAGAAAUCAAAGGCAAUGAGCAUUUGCUCGGUGAGGUGCUGUUGAAGACGGAGAUAGGUGGUGGAGAACAUAUCGUAAAGGUGGAGUCUGACCACGGAGGGGAGCUUACAGUGGAGUCAGAGAAUGGCGUUAUCAUACAUGAAGCCCAUGGCCUGCAAUGCAGUGAGUGUGGUGAGAUUUUUGGCUGUAUGUCUGAUCUGCACGAACACUUUGAAAUCCACAAAGCCACUCACCCCUACAUUUGUGUCCACUGUGGUGAGAGCUUCGCUGUUGAAGCCAGCCUAAGAAGUCACAUGAGGAUUCACAUGAAAGAGAAAAGUUAUACCACUGGUCUUGAGAUGGUUGGUAAAGGAGUCAUUGAUGCCUUCAACUUGAAACCCCACCAGAUGAUGCACUCUCCUGAAAAGCCACAUAGAUGUUCAGAGUGUGGCAAAAGCUUCGCUGCUGCCAUCACUCUCCGGGAACACAUGAAAAUGCAUUCGGAUGACAAACCCUACAAAUGCACCCAAUGUCGAAAAAGCUUUGUGCGCAGACGUCAUUUGAAAAAACAUCAAGAGCUGCAUGCCCACGACAAGCCUUUUACCUGUCUUCAGUGUGGAAAAGGCUUUAUGACGGCUUCCAAUCUCAAGCAGCACCAGAAGACUCAUGCUGGUGAAAAGCCGCACAGAUGCACCCAGUGUGGAAAGUGUUUUGCAGCAGCAGCCACGUUGAGAGAGCAUCAGAGAAUCCACUCAGGGGAGAAGCCCUACAAGUGCACCCAGUGUCGGAAGAGCUUUGUAAGGAAACGCCACCUCAAGAAGCAUCAGCUGGUCCAUCAGGGUGGAAAGCCCUACCGCUGCUCUCAGUGCGACAAGGGUUUCAACCAUUCUUCCUCCUUGUCACGACACCACAAGGUCCACCUGGAGGCCAAGAUGUAUGCCCAGGCCGAUAAGGAUUUCCCCUUCGAUACUACGCUGAAAAGGGGAAUGCACACAGGUGAAAAGCCAUACAGCUGCAACCAUUGUGAGAAGAGUUUCAAUCAUUCGUCAUCACUAUCCAGGCAUCAGAGAACUCAUUCUGAUGGAAAGUCCUACACCUGUGCUCAGUGUGGGAAGAGGUUCAAUCAUCCCUCCUCUCUUGCAAGGCACCAGCGGGUUCAUUUGGAGGAUAAGUCAACUUAUAGUGCUAUUGCAACAGGAAAGGGAUUCCCCCACACUACCAUCUUGAAACAGAGAAUCCUUCAGAGUGAGAAACCAUAUAGGUGCGCUCAGUGUGGAAAGGGUUUCAAUCAUUCGUCUUCUCUGUCUAGGCAUCACAGAAUUCAUAUUGAUCAGUAAGCCUGUUUUUCUCUCCCACAAGUGGUGCGCUACCAUUCAUUUCAUGAUUCAGGCCAGCUUGUAAUGUUAAAGGUUUUGGCAAAA